UGAUACUUUCAUCAGUCACGUGAUACGAUGGUUGUCAAAAUGGCGACAUUUUCGCCUAGGUCGGGAUCUUUUGAAGUAUAUAUACGCCAACAAUGGUGUAAGGUGUUUGUAACUUUGAAUGAGGAUAAUGUAACCUUAGCACUUGAUGAAAGUUUGAAUAAUUCACUCCCCCUUAAUAUCAGCACGGAAAGCACGACCUCUAAACAAGACCAGCUACCCGAAUCCAUUGCUGGACAAAAACGACUUGUGAGAGUGAUAAAAGAAGAGCAAAAUGGACUGGGAAUCAGCAUUAAAGGGGGGAAAGAAAACAAAAUGCCAAUACUCAUUAGUAAAAUAUUUAAAGGAAUGGCUGCUGAUAAAACAGAGAAGUUGUAUGUCGGCGAUGCCAUUUUAUCUGUUAAUGGAGAAGAUCUAAGAGAAGCAACUCAUGACGAGGCGGUUAGAGCCCUUAAAAAGGCCAAGAAAAUCGUAGAACUAGAGGUGAAAUACAUCACAGAUUUUAGUCCCUGUUUCCGCAAGAUAUCAGCAUUAAAUGAGUUAGGAUGGGGAAGCCAGGAGGCCCAAAGGGACGCCGCCAGGGCAAACUGGACAGAGACCAAGACAAUACCACUCAAACUGUGCUACCUGUGUAGGAAUCUCAGCAUGUCAGAUCCGGAGAAACGGACCGUAGAGUUACACUCGCCUGACGGAAAAUCCACCUGCAUCAUACGUUUUCCGGAUGCAGCUGUAGCUAGUGAUUGGUUCAAUGCCAUCCAUUCUAAUGUUACAUUACUGCUGAGUCAGUGUAUUGCAGAAGCUAAUCAGGUCAUGACCUCAGCUCCAAACUCAAGAGAAAUUAAACACAUUGGCUGGCUCUCGGAGCAGUUGAUGAAUGAACAAGGAAGCCUGACCUGGAAGCCAGUAUUCAUUGCCCUGACAGACAAGGAUGUACUCCUGUAUGACACAGCCCCCUGGAGUAAGGAGGAAUGGGCCACUCCAUUCCAAAGCCACCCUCUUCUUGCCACAAGAUUAGUUCACUCUGGUAGACUCAGUAAUCCAGUGUCCGGCUCUGAUGUUUUGACCUUUGGUACGAGAUGUGGCACUCGUAAUGGGGUUGAGACCCAUAUCUUCAGAGUGGAGACACAGAGGGAUCUAGCCUACUGGUCCAGAGCCCUCGUGCAGGGCUCACAUGGGGUCGCAGCCAUUAUCAAAGAGGUCACCUGUCCGGUGAAGUGGCAGGGAGGUGAUGCUAGGCUGACCAUACACUAUGACUCUGGGUUCACUCUCCACACCGUGGUCCCCAGUGAGGGGCCGGAGCCCUCCACCUCCACCCCCACCACAGUGGCCUGGUCCUAUCCCUACGAAAAGUUACGCAUGACUGGAGAUGAUGGACACAGGCUUCUGUGGCUGGAAUUUUCUGAUGGAUCAGAACAGGAGUUAGAUCUUGGUACUUGUCCAAAGCCUAUACUCACCGAGAGGGUCAGGGUUUUAGAGCAGGUUCUAUUAUCUAAGUUUUUAAUGGUCCUAACUUCACCAAACUUGCAUGGAUGCAAAGCUGAAGAACUGACUCAGAUGUUGGAUGUUAAAGUAGGGAGUCAGGCUCUAACAGCACUUAACCUGACUGGAUCUUGUCCCGUUGUCAUGUGCUUAGAACUGGCAGCUAAUACAACUGGGAAAACAUUCAACAAGGAGGAAGGUUUUAAGUUAUCUGGAGUAAACAAGAAAGUGUAUGCCAAUGGCUUGAAAGCCUUGGAGAGUAUGUUGGACCUUUCAACAAACAUUACCAUCAAAGAUCUGGCCAUUCAGUUUGGCUGCACACCAGCUACUGAGCUGGCUAUGAAAACACUCCAAAGCUAUGAAGAUGAAUUCAAAUCAAAGUCUGGCACAGUAAUGGAUUUUACAUCCCCCAUGUUUCAAGCCACUGCCCUUUGUGCAGCUUGCAGAAAACUCAAAUUGAAAAUUGACUGGAAUAAACUUCGAGAAUUAUGCAGCAUAAAGAGAUCUACAUAUGACAAGCUUGUGGCAGAGAUGGAAAUUCACACGGUAAAAUUACUGGAAACAAAGACAGUUGAGAAACAGAAAAGAACCAGGGGUCUUCUUGAUGAAGUUGAAAAACACCUCAAAGAUGAAGACAUAGCUAAGAAACAAAAGAAGGAGAAUACACAAGAACAAGGUGAAGUGGACGAUUAUGAGGUGUGGAAGAAAAAGAUUCUAGCUGCAGCUGCUAAAGCAAAGGAACAGGAAAUGAAUUCUACGUAGUAUACAUUUACCUUAUUGUAUUGGAAAUUGGAGAACUCAUCUAGGUGUAAAACACUUUAUAUUGUUAUUUGUGUUGUGAAGGACAUGAAAGUAUCAAAUGUGUCUGAAUAGAAUAAAUUACUCUUUGUAUUGAAUUUCAAUCAGAAGCUAAUCAUACCGGUAAUUACAAUUAUCAGUGCUAGAAGCACUAGAUCACAUUUGGCAGUGUAUUUCCUGUCAGUGAUAGGAAUGAUGUAUAAAUUAUUAUUAUAUACUUCAGAGAGUGCUUGUGUAAUUGUACAAUAAAUAUCUAAUGUCUGUAAUGAUCAUUCUUUGUGAUAAAAUGUGUACAUGUAA